AAAUUUAGAAUUAAGAUUUAAUUAAAAUUUAGAGUUUUUCAAGAAAAUAAUGAGUGGAAGCUAUGAUAGAGCAAUUUCAGUCUUUAGUCCAGAUGGACGAUUAUUACAAGUAGAAUACGGACAAGAAGCAGUUAAAAAGGGAGCAACAUGUGUUGCAGUUAAAGGAAAAGAUUCGGUUGUCUUAGGUGUUGAAAAAAAAACAGCAUUAAAACUUCAAGAUACACGAACAGCAAAAAAAAUAGGAAUUAUUGAUCAUCACGUGUGCCUUGCAUUUGCAGGAUUGAAUGCAGAUGCUCGUAUUCUCUUAGAUAAAGCAAGAGUGGAAGCUCAGAGUCAUCGUCUUACAAUUGAAGAUCCUGUAACGAUUGAAUAUAUAACAAAAUAUAUUGCAGGUGUAAAACAAAAAUAUACACAGUCAGGGGGGGUGAGGCCUUUUGGUGUUUCUACAUUAAUUGUAGGUUUUGAUCCUAAUGAUGUGGUCCCAAAACUUUAUCAAACAGAACCAGCAGGAAUAUAUACUUCAUGGAAGGCAAAUUCAAUUGGGAAGUCUAGCAAAACAGUCCGUGAAUUCUUAGAAAAGAAUUAUAAAGAAAAUAUGGAUCGAAAUGAAGCGAUUAAAUUAGCAAUCAAAAGUCUAUUGGAAGUUAUUCAAACAGGUUCAAAAAAUAUAGAAAUUGCUGUCAUGUCGUAUGGAAAAAAAAUUGAAUUUUUAACUUGUGACGAUAUUGAUGCUGUAAUUAAAGAAAUUUCUGCUGAAAAAGAACAAGAAUCCAAUCGUAAGAAAACAUGUUGAUAAAAACAAAUUUCAGGACAAUAAAAG